AUGUGGAAUGGAGACAUGGCGGAAAACGCCACCCUACAUCAUUUGGAAAGUCCAUUAUUUUUUGUUUUCUCAGUUUCCUAUUUGGUGGCUGCCCUGGGUAAUGUGUUGGGCUUCUUCGUGUUGAUAAAAUGUAAAAAGCUUCCCUUACAAAUCAAAGUCUUAUCCAUAAACAUGACGGUUCCUGAUUUUCUUUUGGGGAGUGCUACAGGCAUCGCGUAUGGCGUCCAAUACGUCUAUCCCAUUUCAAAAGAAGGCGAGAGUAUUUGCCACGUCAUCUUUGAUACCUUAACAACCUUGUCCAUUCUGAACAUAACAGCUUUUGGAAUAGACCGCUUUCUAAGCUUACAGUUUGCGUUAAAAUACCAAAUUUAUACAACUACAGAACGCAUGAUAACGAUAUGUGUGGGACUAUGGAUUUUCAGCAUUAUUUCCGCUGUUGUAAUUCAGAUUUUCAAGUCUGAAUCGCUUUUAUUCAAAAUCAUUCUGCGUAGUGUGUUUCUAACCAUGUACGUUUGUUCGUAUUUGAAGAUACUGUCCAUUUAUCGAAAACACAACAGAGAAAUAAACGAUCUGCAGUCUCUAUCCGCAUCAAGAAUAAUCCACGACCAAAUGGUAUUCAGCAGGAAAGUCGUUCUCAUAACAGGACCACAUUUCGUUUUGUACCUCUUAGCGAUCAUCGUCCAUGUUGUUAUGUAUUUUAAACAAGACGUGGCGAUAUGGAAGAUGGAAUUGAUAACUUUGAGUGUUACCCUUGUCACGAUCUUCAUCAACCCAAUGCUGUAUAUAUGGCGAUUUCGAGAGUGUAGAAUUCAGCUUCUGUUGAUGCUGUGUGUAUGCGAUAGAUCACGACAUGAGAAUCUUUUAAAAGAAAGAAACAUUCUCUAUCAACCAUUUUUGGAGGUUCAACCAAAGGAAAUAACUGACAAAACACACAUGGCAUCAACCCACAUGUAA